CCAUUGCCCUUUUAGGACUUCCUGGCUAGCUGGGACACCUUGGCACUUGGUUUGGAAUCAUUGUAGGAAACUACUAUUUUUCCAUUUUUAGAUCAAGAUUUGCGUUUCCAGUUUAACAUUCAAGCCAGCAAGGGAAAUUUAAAAAAUCCAAAGAGCCCUUUGAUGUAGAGGGUUCUGUGCUUGUAAGGUGGGAUAUGUGGGGGAGACAGCUGAGUACUUUGAACUAGUUGAAGCAAGUCUCGCUGGACUCUCCUGAUCUCCUCCCUGUCUCCUGACCUGAAAGCUGAGUCUUUUUUACAACUGGGAGCCCCAAAAUGGACCUGGAGCAAACCCUUGCUUGCUGCUUUGGUGGACACACAUGAACAUCUAAUCCAGGCUGUUAAAGUCGGUGUAGUGUAGUCAUUAAAAUCAAAAGACCUGACUGUUCCAGUUCUAAUUGCUUUUCUUUGCCACUAGAUGGCACAAGAUGGCUAAAGCUUUUUAGGGCAGUGGCAAGAUAAUAGGAAUAUUGAAGUGAAAACAAUUGCUAACCGAAAUGGGCUGAGAAAAGAUCUGGAAAAUGUUCCUCUUGUGUAUUCUCAUUGCUAGUCACUAUCGUAUUGUUAGUAGUGACAAUUACAUCGUAAUUUUAGUUAAAAGUUAAAAAGUACUUUGAGUUCAACACACAAAAUCUAUUCUAAAUACAUUUGGAUCUAUAUUGAAGCUGCACAUCCACAACCUUUCUGCUGAAGAAAUACUCCUUUAAAUAUGCCGCUGCCUGCCAAGCGAAAGGUAUAUACUGUAUGGCCCAUUUUAUGGAUUAUGAACUAUGAAAGUGUGUCAUGAACCAGACCUGAAAAACCUGAUACAUGAGCAGGUUAGGACAGAUGACAGAUUGAAUUUUUAAACUGUCAUUUUAUUUAGAAUUCAGUGGGAAUUCAAAACGUUGGAUUCAUGUUGAAUUUAGAAAAAUGGAGUUCUAUCAUUUGAGGGACUAAAAUCUACCACCGGGAGUACGUCACUAUCUAAUUGUUCCAGCAGGUUAAAUAAUCUUCAUAAGGCUACUCAUUAAUCUGUUCCAAAGAAAGAGUGGUGGAACACCCAGUAAGCACACUGACCUGUAACAAGUUGCCUCAGGUAAGGUCACGUGACAGGCGAGCCAUGACGUCGCCAUUAAGGCGUGGCUUAAUAACGCUUUUGUGAUGAGCCGCAGAGAGCUCGAGCGCACCGGCUUUACUAUAAAGGGAACCUAACCGAAUAUAUUUUGUUCUAAAGUUGGAAAUUGUUAAUUUCCUUUUACACGUGACAACCCAAUGAACGGAUGUCGAAUAAACACAUGAAUAAGUAUUCUGUUGGCUGUACGGGUCCAUCAGACGGAGUGUCCCGGUUUUCGUGCUAAGCUUACCUGUACACAGAAGAUCCGGGUACUACCGAGUCAAACCUACCUGUAUGAGUGCCUGUGCCCCGCUCCAUUCAGUCUAUGGUGACUACUGACGAGUGUCCACUGGAGCCCAUGAGAGAAACGUUGCACUGGAAUGAGGCUAGAACGUCCUGAUGUUGCUCAUCCUGAUUGUUGCUUAGAGAAGAGGCAAAGGCAUGGCCCUGCAGGUAUCUCCAUUUCCUAAUGGGUUUGUUGCAGGCAUCCAUGCCUUGGGAUGGGCACUUGUCCUGCCUUGCUUCUGGUUUCUUGAUCGCAUAAUUGCUUUGUGCAAGUCCACCACCCCAGAACGAAGCCAGCGGCUAGAGCAGGGAUGCCACCUCCACCCCCUCAAGGUCUUCUUUGGCUCCAUUAUCUUCUUCAUUCUUUUUCUCGCCACAGCCCCCUUGGGUCUCCUUGGAUUUAUUAUUUGGGCACCUCUUCAGGCUUGCCGCAGGCCCUUUUCCUACCACAGAGAGACAGCGUCCUCACCAGAGAACGAGACGCACAGGGGCUUUGAGCUGGUAGGAAGGGCAUCGUUUGGAUUUGCCACAGCCAACCUGUGCCUGUUGCCUGACAGCCUUGCUCGUUUCAACAACCUAGGGCACACACAGCGCAGGGCGACUGUCAUCGGCCAGCACAUCGUGCAGGGAGUCUGUCGACCCAAUAUCCGCAUUUUUGUUGACUCCCCCAGCAGCUGUGGAACGCUAAGCCCAUCCUACAGCAUUCUUCCCUCCGUUAACUCCUCUUCAUAUGGGGCCACGGAUAAACAUGCCCAGACCGUAGUGAGUCAUCAUUCUGAUUCAGCUGAGGUCAAUUUUUCAAUCCCCAAGUCCAAUAGUGACGUUGUCUGUUUGCCCUGUGAUGAUACAGAAGAGCCCUCAGCCGAAUCCCCAUCUCCCGUUCUAAAUGCCAAUCACAUCUCCAACCAGCAGGGCGGAGCAGGUCACCGCAGUGCUCCCCGAGCUUUGCUCUCCCAGGGUCUCCGCCAACAGGAUGACGUACCCUGGGAAGUGUCCUCGUUGUUUCCAGCCAAUGUGGACAUACUGUGUUUAGAGGAGGUGUUUGAUAAGCGGGCGGCCCAGAAACUCACCCAAGCGCUGAGACCCGUGUAUGGACACAUACUGUAUGACGUCGGCGUGUAUGCCUGCCAGCCGCCGUGCAGGUGUUCCUCUUUCAAGUUCUUCAACAGUGGCUUGUUGUUGGCCAGCCGGUUCCCUGUGCUUGAUGCCCAGUACCAGUGCUUCCCCAACAGCCGCGGGGAAGACGCACUGGCUGCCAAGGGCCUCCUCUCUGUUAAGGUGCUAAUCGGCCAGAAUCAGAAACAGAAGAAAGUGGUUGGCUAUUUUAACUGCACACAUCUCCAUGCACCAGAGGGGGAUGGAGAAAUUCGCUGUGAGCAGUUAAACCUGGUUACCACGUGGAUUGGGGAUUUUCAAGCGGCCACCAAACUGCCCGAUGAGGACGUUGCUUUCGAUGUGCUGUGUGGAGAUUUCAACUUUGAUAACUGCUCCCCUGAUGACACCCUGGAACAAAAUCACCAUCUAUUUGAGGAAUAUAGAGACCCUUGCAGGGCAGGGCCUGGAAAAGAGAAGCCCUGGGUCAUUGGUACUUUGCUGGAGCAGCCAACGUUGUAUGAAGAUGACAUAAACACCCCGGAAAAACUACAAAGAACGUUGGAGAGUGAGGAUCUGAGAAAGCGCUACGUCUCCCCUCCUGUUCCCGUAGACGACCACCCCUUGGUUUACCCCGAGACUGGCCAGCCGUGGAUCGGACGUCGGAUCGACUACAUCUUGUACCGCGAAAACUCCAUUUCAAAACACUGCCGAACCGAAAUUGAGGAAGUUACCUUCAUAACUCAGCUGGCCGGCCUAACGGACCAUAUUCCUGUGGGUUUAAGACUCAACGUUAUCAUGGACUCUUUGGAAUAAAGACAUCAAACAGCACUGCGCACAAACAAAGGGAACAAAAUAUACAGUAGGGACAUUAUUAUACUGUACAAUCAUUUUAAUGCUUUGUCAACAUACUUGAAUUUGGGUUUUAUUUCACCAAUUUUACUUAUGCCUCAGGUAAAAUUAAUAUGGAUUUAUUAAAAUUAUAUGUUUACAAUUUUUAUAUAAUGCCCAGUUACGAGCAGAGGUAUUGGUUUUGUAUAAGAACAUAUUUCUAUGGAUUUUUCACUGAUAUUUUUCUUACCCAAAUAAAUGUAAAUAACUCAUUUUA